AACUCCCAUUCUCCGGAUCAGAGAUUCCUUUAGUAUCUUCCAUUGUAGACCGUCAUUGCAAUCGAAUAAGCUAAGCUUCUCUUAUAAUCGAACCUGACUAAAAGGAGAAUGCAGGUGAGAUAACAGAUUCGUAAUCAAUACUGUUACACAAUCACGGGAAAUCUAGGGUUCUAGAAAACUAGGGUUUCGUGGCGGAAAUUAGAACACGAAUUUGUGAGAGAGAGAGAGAGAGAGAGAGAGAUGGAGGAGGAGAGGAUUCUAGAGAGAGAGAGGCUUCAGAUGGAGCAGAUUCGUGAGCUCGAUUUCGAGGAGUUGCAGGUUGAGGAAGUCGAUGAAUUUCGAGAUUCCGAGGACGACGACGACGAUGAUGAUGGUCUCGGAAUCUCCCACCACACUCGUCGUCUCCUCUCUGAUAAUGUUGGUGCUGAUGAUGAACAUGUUUUCAACCCAGACGUGGCUUCUCUACAUACCUAUCUUGGCGAGGUUGAGGACACUCCAAACAGAACUGCUUUUGUGGAUGGAGGCACAGUUUUGAAGAUCCCUCUUUUCUAUCUUGAAGGAGUGGUUCUGUUUCCGGAGUCCACGCUUCCCCUUAGAAUUGUCCAGUCCACUUUCUUGGCUGCUAUCGAGAGAGCUUUGAACCAACCUAACGCUCCAUGUACCAUUGGUGUGAUUCGUGUUUACAGAGAAGGUAAUCAGUUCAAGUAUGCCACUCUUGGCACAACCGCAGAGAUACGACAAUACCGUCGACUUAGUGAUGGCUCAUUCAAUGUUAUUACUCGUGGACAGCAGCGGUUUCUUUUAAACCGUCGCUGGACUGAUGUUGAAGGAUUCCCUUGCGGAGAGGUUCAUAUUGUUGAGGAAGAUGUACCCUUGAGGACUCCCAGGGAUGCUUUUGGGAAGCUGGUACCAAUAAGUAACUUGAGAGCUCCCAGUCACUCGAGUACAAUGGCUUUGUCUGCAUCUUUUAGAGAUACGGACGAAAUGUCAGUAGGAAACUCUGAAGGAAGUUUUGAAAGCGCUCUUUCUCCGUCAGAGAAAAGACUUCAUUAUUCAGCAGUUGACUCAGUAAUGGAUGACUGGACAAGUAGUGAUGAUGAUGACGAAGUAGUCAGUACAUCUAAUAUCCAAUCUAGUGGGUCUAAUCCAUUCAGCUCUAGGGAAGAUGGGCAAUCUGCUGAUGGCAAAACUCCUGUGUCGAAAGGGAAAUGUCAAAACCAAAAUAGUCUGACGAGUUUCCGGAAAAAUACUGAUCUUAACAGAUUCCGUAUGGCCCCAAGAGCGUUUUGGCCUUUCUGGGUGUACCGGAUGUACGACGCAUAUCAUCUUGCUCAACGAGCAGCUGAUCUGUGGAAGCAGAUAGUUGGGGUUCCAAACAUGGAGGCAAUAGUGAAUAAGCCAGACAUUUUAUCCUUUUCCAUUGCUAGUAAAAUUCCUGUCUCUGAGUCAAUUAGGCAAGAGCUCUUGGAGAUUGACGGAGUCUCUUACAGACUGCAGAGAGAAAUAGAGUUGCUCGAGAGUUUUGAUCGUGUUCGAUGUAAACACUGUCAGAGUGUCGUAGCAAGAAGAAGUGACAUGUUGGUUAUGUCUAGUGAUGGUCCUCUAGGUGCCUACGUAAACCCACAUGGCUAUGUGCAUGAGAUAAUGACAUUUUACAAAGCGAAUGACAUAGCGAUAAGUGGUAGAUCUGUUAAAGAAGACAGCUGGUUUCCUGGGUAUGCAUGGACGAUUGCAAAUUGUGCAACGUGUGAAACCCAGCUGGGUUGGCUUUUCACAGCAACAAGCAAGAAGUUGAAGCCAUCAUCUUUCUGGGCAGUUCGUAGCUCACAGGUCGCAGAUGACAUGCGCUGAAAAAGAAGUAUUACAACAGGUCUCACUCACAUAUCAAUGCGUAUGAGAUAUCACAAAAUAGUUUGUGAAAGCAGAAGCGGACUAGUAUAGUGAUUCUAAAGUAGUAACAACAUCUUGAGAGGUAGGUAGAUGUCUUUUUCAUCAAACAUUAUAUAUAUGUACACAGGAAAACAAGAUGUGUGUAUGAAGGGAACCUACUAAGGCUAUGAGUAUAAUGGUAUUCUUAGGAUUAACCAUUCUCUAGCGUUCGAGUUUUGUUAAAAACAAAGGUUAUGGAAUGAUUUGUUAACAUGUAUCACGGCGUUCUGGGCGAACAAACUACAAAGGAUGAAUGAAAAUAUGUUAAUAGAUGA